CACGGUCCUAUCAUGCAGGUGUAGGUGUCGGCAACUGUCACACGCUUAGGCGGACUCUCGACCCCGGCAUCGUGUGAAGGCAUGAUCAGACUAUGGGACGCCAGCUUAGGGGUGGCGCUGCGGACGCUCGAGGGCCAUUCGUCCGGGGUCACUGCCCUGGCCUUCUCACCAGAGGGCAAGCUAUUACCGUCGGCAUCGCUCGACAGAACAGUAAGGCUGUGGGACUUGGAUUUAGAAGCUGCCACAUGAAUUAAAUAUGCUGGUAUACUAAGGAGCUUAUGGUCGAGUCUCGCGUUUCUGCCAAGAACUUAUACCUAUAUACCUUUAGACGCGAU